CUCGGUCCGUGGGCACCGCCACCUGGUCCAGAGAGUCCCCCGAGGGGACCUAGAGGCUCCACUCGGGCCGGGCGCGCACUGUGGGGACGAGGAGGGAGCGCGGGCCGGGGAGGAGGAGCGAAGGUGUAGGACAGAACUUCGCCAGGAACAGGAAACCUACGGCAGGGCAGGGGCGGCGACGGCGGCGCGGGGCCAUCGCGGUGUCCCCAGCAGUGGCCUCGCUGCCGCGCGCCGAGGCUGAGCUGUUCGGACUCCUCGGACCCCACGGGCCUGAGCUCACCCUUGCGCGCAGCGGAGAUAGCGGGGACGGCCACAGGAGCGUGAAGCAGCAUGUCUGACAAAAUGUCCAGCUUCCUCUACAUUGGGGACAUCGUGUCCCUGUACGCGGAGGGCUCGGUCAACGGCUUCAUCAGCACCCUGGGGUUGGUGGAUGACCGGUGUGUGGUACACCCAGAGGCAGGGGACCUUGCUAACCCACCCAAGAAGUUCAGAGACUGCCUUUUCAAGGUGUGCCCUAUGAAUCGAUACUCUGCCCAGAAGCAAUAUUGGAAAGCCAAGCAGGCGAAGCAAGGAAACCACACGGAGGCUGCCCUGCUGAAGAAGCUCCAGCACGCUGCUGAGCUGGAACAAAAACAGAAUGAAUCAGAGAACAGGAAACUUUUGGGAGAAAUUGUGAAGUACAGCAAUGUUAUACAACUACUGCAUAUAAAAAGCAACAAGUAUCUGACUGUCAACAAGAGGUUACCCGCUUUACUGGAGAAGAAUGCUAUGCGUGUGUCACUAGAUGCUGCGGGGAAUGAAGGGUCCUGGUUCUACAUUCAUCCCUUCUGGAAGCUGAGAAGCGAGGGUGAUAAUAUCGUCGUAGGAGAUAAAGUUGUUCUGAUGCCCGUAAACGCUGGGCAGCCCCUGCACGCCAGCAACGUGGAACUCCUGGACAACCCAGGCUGCAAAGAGGUGAAUGCUGUUAAUUGUAACACGAGCUGGAAAAUCACUUUAUUCAUGAAAUUCAGUUCCUAUCGGGAGGACGUAUUGAAAGGGGGUGAUGUUGUGAGACUGUUUCAUGCCGAACAAGAGAAGUUUCUUACCUGUGAUGACUAUGAGAAAAAGCAGCACAUUUUCCUUCGAACGACCUUGCGUCAAUCAGCAACUUCAGCUACUAGUUCUAAGGCACUCUGGGAAAUAGAGGUGGUUCACCACGAUCCAUGCCGUGGCGGUGCAGGACAGUGGAACAGCCUGUUCAGAUUUAAACAUCUUGCAACUGGGAACUACUUAGCCGCAGAGCUUAAUCCUGACUAUCGAGACGCUCAAAAUGAGGGAAAGACUGUGAAAGAUGGAGAGCUUCCAACUUCAAAGAAAAAACGUCAGGCAGGGGAGAAGAUUAUGUACACCCUGGUCUCAGUUCCACAUGGAAAUGACAUCGCAUCCCUUUUUGAACUUGAUGCCACAACUCUUCAGAGAGCUGACUGCCUGGUUCCAAGGAACUCCUAUGUGCGGUUAAGGCAUUUAUGCACCAAUACGUGGGUAACAAGUACCAGCAUCCCUAUAGACACGGAGGAAGAGAGGCCCGUCAUGCUGAAAAUUGGAACCUGUCAGACUAAAGAAGACAAAGAAGCCUUUGCCAUCGUGUGUGUCCCGCUGUCUGAGGUCCGAGACUUGGACUUCGCCAAUGAUGCCAACAAAGUGCUGGCAACCACGGUCAAAAAGCUGGAGAACGGCAGCAUCACUCAGAACGAGAGGAGGUUUGUAACUAAGUUGUUGGAAGACCUCAUCUUCUUUGUGGCAGAUGUGACUAACAAUGGACAGGAUGUUCUGGAUGUGGUCAUCAUCAAGCCAAAUCGGGAACGGCAAAAACUAAUGAGGGAACAAAACAUCCUGGCACAGGUGUUUGGGAUCCUCAAAGCACCUUUCAAGGAGAAGGCAGGAGAAGGCUCAAUGCUGAGGCUGGAGGACCUGGGUGACCAGCGCUAUGCCCCCUACAAGUACGUGCUGCGGCUCUGCUACCGCGUGCUGAGGCAUUCGCAGCAGGACUACAGGAAGAACCAGGAGUACAUCGCUAAGAACUUCUGCAUCAUGCAGUCCCAGAUUGGCUAUGAUAUCUUGGCAGAAGAUACGAUCACAGCCUUGUUACACAACAAUCGUAAACUCCUGGAGAAGCACAUCACGGCAAAAGAAAUUGAGACCUUCGUCAGCCUGCUCAGGAGGAACCGGGAGCCGAGGUUUCUAGACUAUUUGUCUGAUCUCUGUGUGUCCAACAGCACUGCCAUCCCCAUCACUCAGGAACUCAUCUGCAAAUUCAUGCUGAGUCCUGGCAAUGCGGACAUCCUCAUUCAGACAAAGCUGGUGUCCAUGCAAGUGGAAAACCCCAUGGAGAGCUCCAUCCUUCCUGAUGACAUUGAUGAUGAGGAAGUUUGGCUUUACUGGAUUGACAGCAACAAGGAGCCUCAUGGCAAGGCCAUCAGGCACCUCGCCCAGGAAGCCAAGGAAGGCACCAAAGCUGACCUAGAAGUUCUUACUUACUACAGGUACCAACUAAACCUCUUUGCGAGGAUGUGUUUGGACCGCCAGUAUCUGGCCAUCAACCAGAUUUCAACACAGCUGUCUGUAGACCUGAUCCUUCGCUGUGUGUCUGAUGAGAGCCUGCCCUUUGACCUCCGAGCUUCUUUCUGUCGACUCAUGCUCCACAUGCAUGUUGACCGGGACCCCCAGGAGUCUGUGGUGCCUGUUCGCUAUGCCCGGCUCUGGACCGAAAUCCCCACAAAGAUCACGAUUCAUGAGUAUGACUCUACCACAGACUCUUCCAGAAAUGACAUGAAGAGGAAAUUUGCCCUCACGAUGGAAUUUGUUGAAGAAUAUUUGAAAGAAGUUGUAAAUCAGCCAUUUCCCUUUGGAGACAAAGAGAAAAAUAAGCUGACAUUUGAGGUGGUCCACCUGGCCCGGAACCUGAUCUACUUCGGGUUCUACAGCUUCAGUGAGUUGCUGCGGCUGACAAGGACCCUGCUGGCUAUCCUAGACAUCGUCCAGGCCCCCAUGUCAUCGUAUUUCGAAAGACUAAGCAAAUUUCAAGAUGGAAGCAACAACGUCAUGAGGACCAUCCACGGGGUGGGAGAGAUGAUGACACAGAUGGUACUCAGCAGAGGCUCCAUCUUCCCCGUGAGUGUGCCUGAUGCUCAGCCCAGCAUGCACCUCAGCAAGCAGGCGAGCCCCGGGGAGCAGGAGGAUGUGACAGUGAUGGACACCAAGCUGAAGGUCAUCGAGAUCCUACAGUUCAUCCUGAGCGUCAGGCUGGAUUACCGGAUCUCGUACAUGCUGUCCAUAUACAAGAAGGAAUUUGGGGAGAACAGCGACAACGGUGACGCCUCUGCCAGCGGCUCCCCGGACACGCUGCUGCCGUCAGCUAUUGUCCCUGACAUUGACGAGAUUGCGGCUCAGGCAGAAACCAUGUUUGCUGGAAGAAAGGAAAAAACUCCAGUUCAGCUUGACGAUGAAGGAGGCAGGACAUUCCUACGGGUCCUCAUCCACCUCAUCAUGCACGACUACCCUCCGCUGCUCUCGGGAGCCCUGCAGCUGUUGUUCAAGCACUUCAGCCAGAGAGCAGAAGUGCUUCAGGCCUUUAAACAGGUGCAGCUACUGGUGUCAAACCAAGAUGUUGAUAACUACAAGCAAAUUAAGGCGGAUCUCGACCAACUUCGACUGACGGUGGAAAAAUCCGAGCUGUGGGUUGAGAAGAGCAGCAGCUAUGAGAAUGGAGAGAUUGGUGAAGGACAGGCCAAAGGAGGUGAAGAGACAAAUGAGGAAUCCAACCUCUUGAGUCCAGUGCAGGAUGGCGCGAAGACACCGCAAAUUGAUAGCAACAAGGGUAACAACUACCGGAUCGUCAAGGAGAUCUUGAUUAGGCUGAGUAAGCUCUGUGUGCAGAACAAGAAAUGUCGCAACCAGCACCAGCGCCUGCUGAAGAACAUGGGUGCUCACUCGGUGGUGCUGGACCUUCUGCAGAUCCCCUAUGAAAAGAAUGACGAGAAGAUGAACGAGGUGAUGGAUUUAGCCCACACCUUCCUGCAGAACUUCUGCCGGGGGAAUCCACAGAAUCAAGUUCUCCUUCACAAACAUCUCAAUUUGUUUCUAACUCCUGGACUCCUGGAAGCAGAAACCAUGCGGCACAUCUUCAUGAACAACUACCAUCUGUGCAACGAGAUCAGCGAGAGGGUUGUCCAACACUUCGUGCACUGUAUCGAGACGCACGGCCGCCACGUGCAGUACCUGAGGUUCCUGCAGACAAUCGUGAAAGCAGAUGGCAAAUACGUGAAGAAAUGCCAGGAUAUGGUGAUGACCGAGUUGAUUAAUGGGGGUGAAGACGUGCUGAUAUUUUACAACGAUAGAGCAUCAUUCCCCAUCCUCCUCAACAUGAUGUGCUCCGAGAGAGCUCGCGGGGAUGAGAGCGGCCCCCUGGCCUACCACAUCACCCUUGUGGAGUUGCUGGCAGCAUGUACAGAGGGAAAGAAUGUCUACACUGAAAUCAAGUGUAAUUCUCUCUUGCCCCUGGACGACAUCGUGAGGGUGGUGACCCAUGACGACUGUAUCCCUGAGGUCAAGAUUGCAUAUGUGAACUUUGUCAAUCACUGUUACGUUGACACCGAAGUGGAGAUGAAAGAAAUCUAUACCAGUAACCACAUUUGGAAGUUAUUUGAGAAUUUCUUGGUGGAUAUGGCAAGGGUCUGUAACACCACCACAGACAGGAAACAUGCAGACACCUUCCUGGAGAGAUGUGUGACGGAGUCAGUCAUGAACAUCGUCAGCGGCUUCUUCAACUCACCCUUUUCAGACAACAGUACCAGCCUCCAGACCCACCAGCCAGUCUUUAUCCAGCUGCUGCAGUCUGCCUUCAGAAUUUAUAACUGCACCUGGCCCAAUCCAGCCCAGAAAGCCUCAGUGGAGUCCUGCAUCAGAGCGCUGGCUGAAGUGGCCAAAAAUCGUGGGAUUGCAAUCCCUGUCGAUUUGGAUGGCCAAGUGAACACACUCUUCAUGAAGAACCAUUCAAGUACGGUGCAGAGAGCAGCCAUGGGCUGGAGGCUCUCUGCUCGCUCUGGACCUCGCUUCAAGGAAGCUCUUGGAGGGCCAGCGUGGGAUUACAGAAAUAUUAUCGAGAAGUUACAGGAUGUCGUGGCCUCCCUGGAGCAGCAGUUCAGCCCCAUGAUGCAGGCCGAGUUCUCCGUGCUUGUUGAUGUGCUCUACAGUCCAGAGUUGCUGUUCCCAGAGGGAAGCGAUGCCAGGAUAAGAUGUGGCGCCUUCAUGUCAAAGCUGAUUAAUCACACAAAGAAACUGAUGGAGAAAGAAGAAAAACUGUGCAUUAAAAUCCUCCAGACGUUACGGGAGAUGCUGGAGAAGAGGGACAGCUUUGUGGAAGAGGGUAGCAUACUCCGGAGAAUCCUUCUGAACCGGUACUUCAAAGGUGACCAUGGCGUUGGUGCAAAUGGACCUCUGUCCGGGGCCUACGCCAAGACUGCACAAGUGGGAGGAGGCUUCUCUGGACAGGACUCAGAUAAGAUGGGGAUUUCAAUGUCCGAUAUCCAGUGUCUGCUGGACAAAGAAGGAGCAUCCGAACUUGUCAUUGAUGUCAUAGUGAACACCAAAAACGACAGGAUUUUUUCCGAAGGCAUUUUGCUUGGCAUCGCCUUGCUGGAAGGAGGAAACACGCAAACACAGUAUUCUUUUUACCAUCAAUUACAUGAACAGAAAAAGUCAGAAAAAUUCUUCAAAGUCCUUUAUGACCGGAUGAAGGCUGCUCAGAAAGAGAUCAGAUCCACAGUGACUGUCAACACCAUAGACUUAGGGAGCAAAAAGAGGGACGAUGACAAUGACCUCAUGACCUCGGGCCCAAGGAUGAGAGUGAGAGAUUCAUCACUUCAUCUGAAAGAGGGAAUGAAAGGGCAGCUAACAGAGGCUUCUUCAGCCACGUCCAAAGCAUACUGUGUGUACAGAAGAGAAAUGGACCCGGAAAUAGACACGAUGUGCCCCGGACCGGAAGCAGGAAGUGCGGAGGAAAAGUCCGCAGAGGAGGUUACCAUGAGCCCCGCCAUCACCAUCAUGCGGCCCAUCCUCAGGUUCCUGCAGUUGCUGUGUGAGAAUCACAACCGGGAGCUGCAGAACUUCCUGAGGAAUCAGAACAAUAAGACUAACCACAACCUGGUGUGCGAGACGCUCCAGUUCCUGGACUGCAUCUGUGGGAGCACCACGGGCGGCCUGGGCCUACUGGGGCUCUACAUCAAUGAGAAGAACGUAGCUUUGGUCAACCAAACCCUGGAGAGCUUGACCGAGUACUGCCAGGGCCCGUGCCAUGAAAACCAGACCUGUAUCGCCACUCAUGAAUCUAAUGGGAUCGACAUCAUCAUUGCCUUGAUUCUGAAUGACAUCAACCCUCUUGGCAAAUACAGAAUGGACUUGGUGCUGCAGCUGAAGAACAACGCCUCCAAGCUUUUGCUGGCCAUUAUGGAGAGCAGGCAUGACAGCGAGAAUGCAGAAAGAAUUCUCUUCAACAUGAGACCCAAGGAGCUGGUGGAUGUGAUGAAGAAUGCCUAUAACCAAGGACUGGAAUGUGACCACGGGGAUGAGGAGGGAGGGGAUGACGGUGUCUCUCCAAAGGACGUUGGACACAACAUCUACAUUCUGGCCCAUCAGUUGGCCCGCCACAAUAAACUACUACAGCAGAUGCUCAAACCUGGAUCCGAUCCUGAAGAAGGGGACGAAGCCUUGAAGUAUUACGCCAAUCACACCGCACAGAUCGAGAUUGUGCGGCAGGACAGGACGAUGGAGCAGAUUGUCUUUCCCGUCCCCAAUAUCUGUGAGUUCCUCACUCGGGAGUCCAAGUACCGUGUGUUCAACACCACAGAGAGGGAUGAGCAGGGAAGCAAGGUGAACGACUUCUUCCAGCAAACAGAGGACCUCUACAACGAGAUGAAAUGGCAGAAGAAGAUCAGAAACAACCCCGCCCUGUUCUGGUUCUCCAGGCACAUCUCCCUCUGGGGCAGCAUCUCCUUCAACCUGGCCGUGUUCAUCAACCUGGCUGUGGCUCUCUUCUAUCCAUUUGGGGAUGAUGGUGAUGAAGGUACACUCUCCCCACUGUUCUCCGUCCUCCUGUGGAUAGCAGUGGCCAUCUGCACAUCUGUGCUGUUUUUCUUCUCCAAACCUGUGGGUAUCCGGCCAUUCCUUGUGUCUGUCAUGCUCAGAUCAAUAUACACCAUUGGUUUGGGGCCAACACUCAUACUUCUUGGUGCUGCUAAUCUAUGCAAUAAAAUCGUGUUCCUGGUGAGUUUUGUGGGAAACCGAGGCACAUUCACCCGAGGUUAUCGAGCGGUCAUCCUGGACAUGGCCUUUCUCUACCAUGUGGCGUAUGUCCUGGUUUGCAUGCUUGGUCUCUUUGUUCACGAGUUCUUCUACAGCUUCCUGCUCUUUGAUUUGGUGUACAGAGAAGAGACCCUGCUGAACGUCAUCAAAAGUGUCACACGGAAUGGCCGCUCUAUCAUCCUGACAGCGGUCUUGGCUCUCAUCCUGGUCUACCUGUUCUCCAUCAUCGGCUUUCUUUUCCUAAAGGAUGACUUCACCAUGGAAGUGGACAGACUGAAAAACAGAACGCCAGUUACAGGUGAUCACGGGGCUCCGACCAUGACCUUACCUUCCAUGAUGGGAACCUGCCAGAAGGAAAACUGCUCGACCACGAUCCCAUCUUUGAACACAGCUGAUGAGGGGAGUGAGGAUGGAAUUGAGCGGACGUGUGACACCCUGCUCAUGUGCAUUGUCACGGUGCUGAACCAGGGCCUCCGGAAUGGCGGUGGCGUGGGGGAUGUGCUGAGACGACCAUCCAAAGAUGAGCCCUUAUUUGCUGCCCGUGUGGUUUACGACCUCCUCUUCUUCUUCAUCGUCAUUAUUAUCGUUCUGAACCUGAUUUUUGGUGUGAUCAUUGACACCUUUGCUGACCUCAGAAGUGAGAAGCAGAAGAAAGAAGAAAUUCUCAAGACAACCUGUUUCAUCUGUGGCCUGGAGAGGGACAAGUUUGACAACAAGACGGUCUCCUUCGAGGAGCACAUUAAGUCAGAGCACAACAUGUGGCAUUACUUGUACUUCAUCGUCCUGGUGAAGGUGAAGGACCCGACGGAAUACACAGGGCCUGAGAGCUACGUGGCUCAGAUGAUCACGGAGAAGAAUUUGGACUGGUUUCCUCGGAUGCGAGCCAUGUCACUUGUCAGCAAUGAAGGUGACAGUGAGCAAAAUGAGAUCCGGAACCUGCAGGAGAAGCUGGAGUCCACCAUGAGUCUGGUGAAGCAGCUGUCUGGGCAGCUGGCAGAGCUGAAGGAGCAGAUGACAGAACAAAGGAAGAACAAGCAGAGACUGGGCUUCCUCGGGUCAAACACACCCCAUGUGAACCAUCACAUGCCACCACACUGACACCAUGGGGGCACGCCGUGACCAGCCUUUCAUCAGAUGCCUGCCUCAUCGCUGAAGGAAGGAUGGAGAUGGAGGGAGCAAACAGUGGCUAUUGUUGAGAAGCUAAAAACAGCCAAGUGCCAAGAUGCUGAGCCAUUUAGCUCCCAGAACAAUCCGUAACUGUGUUUUCACGCUUGAGAAGACUCGAGCUGAAAAACAGCGCAGGGCACAGACUACGGGGCGCAGGAAGCAGCCAGACUGGGGGGAGCAGCAGUCUCCCUCUGCUCAAUCGAUGGGCCUUGGACUUGUCUCACAUGCUGACUGCAGCCUCUGUCAUGGCUGCUUGGAAUUUAUUGCUUCGAAUUGCAGCACACAGGUCAGAGACAGGAAGCCACACUUUGGUGGCUGAGUCUGACUAAGAAAAAAUUUAAGAGAUUAAAAACAAAACGGGAGUUGAAAAAGAAAUCUCAUUAAGCUUCUGAACCUUAUGUGUUACCAGACAGUUUCUUCAUGACAUGAAACAUGAGGGGCUCAGAGCUCUGCACGCUUGGUGCUCUGGAGUUCACAUCUCACACACUGAAAGGAUAACUGGAGCAGAGUCGCUUUUUCCAGGACUCUGUGCAGGGCUGCACAGAGGAAGUUCAUAGAACAUGGCUAAGAACACGCUUAAAGUCACGUGAUCAUGAAAGAGCUGCUUGAGUGGGGAAUAGUGUUGAGUGCAGAUGCUAUUACAAUACACAGGUGUUAAUAAAGGAAACACUCACGGUGACCAUGAACACAGAGACUUACUAUGGUGGUUUUGCCUUUUAGAAGCAUGGAUUUGUAUUUGUGGUGCUUGAGGACCUGAGUGUUUGCUAUCCCUGCAGCUAUGAGAAGGAAAUCUGAGAAGACAUUGAAUAUAUAAGGAUGUGCAGAAUUUCAAUGGCAUAUUUAAGGCUGUUACAGUAACAGCUUUUCAAAGUGUAGGCAGAUCAUAAUUCCUUCCCCCAAACUGUUUUAAUGUUGUCUUGCAAGGGAGAAAAUAACUAGAUGGAUAGAUUAUUUUUUGGAGACUAUUUUAGGCAUUAGAGCCAAAUGGAGAUGAAAACUGCCAGCCAUGACACUACAUUCAGAGCCAGGCUUCUCAGAUGGACCCUCGGGCCUCCAGAUUCCUUAAACUCUCAGCCACCAGGGGCCACAUGGGGUUUGUUACAACUUUUAAAGCUUUAGAGUGUUUCAAGACAAUUUUAGCUGUUGGCUCCUAAAAAGAAAAUUCAAAUCCUGGGUCUAUGUAGACUCACUGUGCAGGCGAGAAGGCCAAGUAGGCCUGCCUUCUGCUUCACAGGGAUAGCCUUGGGACCCAGUGCGGCACACUAAAUUUACUGGCACUCAACCCCCACACACUAAAACCGGCCGAAAUUAAGAAGUGCUCUUGGACAGGACAGCCUGAAGUUAGAGGAUGCUGACACCAUGACAGGUGUUUUGACCUUGUCAGAGUUCUGUUGCAGUUACCCUUAAUUCUUUGCUAAAACUUUAAACUAUAAUCACAAACUUUUUUCUAGUGGUGUCACCAAAAUUAGACUAAGACAGCCAUUUUUAAAACCUAAUGCCAUCAAUGCUGUGACAGUCUUUGAUAAAAGUAAAGUAUGCUGUGUGGUGUGACCUAACGUCCAAGCCUUUACAGCAGCUGCCUGUCUGACACUGUAUUUGCUCCGGUGGGAAAAAUCCAGAAGAGAUUUCACCUAAUGAGACUCGCACUAUGUCGAUUAUUUUUUUCAGCUGCAUUUUUCUUUCUUUCCUCUCUGCAAGAUUAAAGAUUAUAAAACAAAAUUUAAAAAAAGCAAAUGAAACAAAAGGCACCUUCUAGGACAUUGAAUUCAAAAAGAUAUUAAAACAGGAAAUUUGAUGUCUGGUAAGAGUUUACAUUUGUUAUGUGUGUUUGUUAACGCAACUGGAUUGUUUGAAGUUGAGUGUACUUGGUAUUCUCAUAUGUAUAUAGCAAUAUUAAAAACACAGUCACCUCUGACUUCUAUGCUAGGGAGGUUUUUUUUAAUAUUUAGGUUAUUAAAAUCCAUAUUGGUUAAAAGUCGCAGUUUCCACUGAAUAGUAUUUUUAAUUUACAGAGGGUUUGCUCCCCUGUGGGCUCCAUUUAAUGAAGGAUAUCUUCUAAUUAAAACCAUUGUGUGAGAGUAGAGAUCCACACUGUCUAGAGAGAUAAUAUUGACCAGUUUCUGCAUGCAAAGAUGGUAUUUUCUACUCUUUAGAAAGUUAAGUUACAAAAGGGCUUAUUUUCCUAAAUGCACGGUUUUCUUUUCCCUGUGGAUAAAGAUCACGCUAUUUGGCAGGCUGUUGAUAAUUUCAGGAAGCUAAUUCGUUCAAAUCAGAGCUGAUACUGUGUUGACCCUGUAUUUCCAGCUCACAGCUCAGGCUUUCUGCUGUCAUUUAAUUACAAACUGUAAUGUGGUGUGACUCCAUCCCUGGGACUGAGUGUGAGUAAGGAGGUCUUGGAGUUGUUGAUGAAGAUUUUACUUCCCAGGAUGCCAUCUAACCGAAAGGAGCAGGCAGAGCUCAGCUUCAGGGACCCAGUAGAUUGAGUAGGUAAACAAUGCUUAGGAGAGAUGACUUCACAACUCAGAACCAUAAACAUGCAGAUAGCCACACUGUGUGGAAGAGUAACCAGAAGAUGGUUACUCCUGACAGCUGUUUCAAAGCUUUAUUGCCAUGUUCUGGCCUGGAGACCCCUUCCAAACUAGUGUGAGAUGCAGUACAGUUAGCCAUGGAGGGAGGGAGCAGGCCUCUUAAACCCAGACACAGAUGGCUGUGGGAGCCAGGUGAAGAGCUAGCCUAGCUGAGCUGUGCGCAUCUCUGAGGCUCCUGCCCUGAGCAGGGGUGGGGAGGUGGUGUAACCCUUGCUAAGCUCUCUAUUUUCAAAAUUUGAUAGCCAAUUCCAGAUUUUAGAAAAUACCGGAGGCCACUUUAGGCCCUCUACUCAUUCAUCUGCUGCUGCCUUUGACAUCAGGAUUGAUAAAAUUGCCAUGUAGGAGACAGCACAGUGCUAAACUCAAGCAGAGCCGAGUGCAUGUGAAAACAGAACUCUGCACGCAGCUCUAGGUCCACCUCCAGCUGGAGUGUUCCCACAGACUUGAAAGUGGAUUCUCCUUCCUCUGGCAAGAGAGAAUGUCUAUAAUGUCUUUUAAAAAGGUGAUAUGAGCAUGCUGUCAGGGCUGCAUAACUUAUUAGUUAAUAUUAAUAAAAAGAAUUUGCAUCUUA